GUGGGCCUUCACCCUCAUCAUCAUCUCGUCGUACACGGCCAACCUGGCGGCGUUCCUCACCGUGCAGCGCAUGGAGGUGCCGGUGGAGUCGGCCGACGACCUCGCCGACCAGACCAACAUCGAGUACGGCACCAUCCACGCCGGCUCCACCAUGACCUUCUUCCAGGUCAGGGGCGGCCAUCGAUGGAUCCGCCGCCCGAUCGAUCGAUCGAUCGAUCGACCCCAUGGGUUGAGCAAUCGAGGCGAGCGGGGCCGGGCCGGGGGGGGCGGGGCCGGGGUGGGAUUCCCGCCCUCCCCCGGAAAAGCAGGUGGGACCUCCCCCCCGGUGUCGUGUCCCUCGUCCCCUCCUCUGGCAGGGUCGCCGUUCCGCGAUGAGAUCACGUUGGCCAUCCUGCAGCUGCAGGAGAACAACCGGCUGGAGAUCCUCAAGAGGAAGUGGUGGGAAGGGGGGCACUGCCCCAAGGAGGAGGAUCACCGCGCCAAAGGGCUGGGCAUGGAGAACAUCGGCGGCAUCUUCGUGGUGCUGGUGUGCGGCCUGGUCGUGGCCAUCCUGGUGGCCGUCAUGGAGUUCGUCUGGUCCACGCGGCGCUCGGCCGAGACCGAGGAG